AUGCAAUUCGACCAGCUUCAACAUGUUAAAGACAUCUUCCUCGAGUUUCUCUUCAACCUCUACGUCCUAUUCGUCGACUUCUGCUUUGCCGUCUAUUAUUCUGUCAAACCAAGAAUCUUUGUCAACACCCGACCAAAACACCCGGCCCUUCUCCAAUCAGCCACCCAAACCCAUAAGGAUAUCAUCGAGGGAAAGCACAGUUGCGCCGACGUCAUGGAGGCUUUCAUCGAACGGCUUGAGGAGGUGAACCCGAUUGUGAAUGGUAUCUGUGCAAAGGAUUAUGGAUCGGCGAGGCUGAAGGCGAAGGCGAUGGAUGAUAUGUUGAAGAAUUUGAGUCGAGAGAAGAGAAAUGAGCUCUCGAUCCAUCGCCCGUUUUUUGGUAUCCCGAUCACCGUGAAGAACAACAUCGACGUCAAGCGGCAUGUGAAUGCGAUGUGCUUACCGAGUAAAUUCGGGCAACUCCGUCCGGCGAAGGAGUUCAAGGAGCUGAAGGCUUUCUGCUUCUCCGGCUACAAGGGCUGGUGCACCGAGCGUCUGAGUGGAGAUCAGCGAUUUGCAUUUGAUAUGGUAGUGAAAUACUUCGAGGAAGCGCUCGAUCAACCGGUGACCCAUUUGGCGAUGCCGCACGAGGAGAAGCUGUAUGAAAUGUGCGCCACCUCGGUGCAGGACGGGUUGGAGAAGCCGUAUUGUGAUAUUAUGGAGGGCACUAGGGUGUCUGUCUGGAACGCAUUCGGGAUGCCGGUGAUUGCUGUACCGUUAGGCCUGAGCGGUGAUGGUCUUCCUCUAUCUGUCCAGAUUGUCGGUUCGAAACUGUCGGAUCUGACCCUCCUCCGGAUGGCCGAACAUCUCGAUGGUCAUCUACCGAAAUGCGAAAAGCCACAGCUGUUUCCGGGAUUUGUUGGGCCAUGGACGCUCGGACAGUCGAAAAAU